UGUUUAAUAUAAUACGAAGUAAUCUGAGCCUGAAAUUUGAUAAAACCAUUUAAAACCCCUCGGAACCCAUCUCGCUACAGUGUGAGUGCCGGCCUGGGACCGCGCAUCGUCUUCUUUAAUCGGUUAGGGACUGAUUUGGAGCUCCGCAACCGACGCGGAGUCAUCCUGCUGGUGAUACAUUUCUGUUGCUUGGGGGAGAGGGGCACGAGAAAUGGAGGAAGAUAUGGAAAUAGAGCACGUCUUCGUUGCUCAUGAAAUAGACCUCGAUUACGAGUUCGACGCGGCUCGCUUCUUCGAUUUCACUCGACCGGAGACUUCUGCCGAAGCUCAUCAAGCAGAAAUUUGGUUCGAAACCGCUGGAAGCUACCCUCCUUCACCUUUUGUGGCGAAGCUUGUAAUGGGAGAGGACGUUCUCAUGGACAAUGCGAAUGCCUUACCGAAAUCCAAACAUCUGGAGUACGCAAGUUUGAUGGAUGAUAGCAAUGUUAGUGUUCCGUCGGCGAUGGAAUACUCUGAGCCUGAUAUUGACAAUAAAGUGGAUGUGAAAGAAGGUGGCAAUAUCUCCGGCGUAUUGGGUGGAAUUCUACAAAAUGUUGCUAUGGAACCAUUACGAGUAACUUCAGGAUUUACCUUUUACAGUAAGAGUAAGACAGCCUGGGACAAUUUGAAUUCUAAGGCUAAAUCAGCUGCCUCAAAGAGAUCAACAUUGAUGAAACCUACUGCCAGUCAGUUGGCUAAGCAAAAUCGUCCUCCCCAAAUUGUUGGCUCCAGAUUUCAGAAGCUGCCAGGACUUAACGAUGAAAAGAGUGUAUCAUCUAUUGCUUCUGGGGUAGAAAGUCAAGCUGCCAAGCGGCAGAAACUGGAUUGUGGGCUAUUACGCAAGGUUGCUGAUGUGAAGCACCAAACUAAUUUUUUCCACAAGGCACCCAAGACGGUUGUAACUGUUGAACAGAAUGCUGCACCAGCCAAGCUGAAGCUUACUAUUCCAUUAGAACCUGAGCUUGAAACAGCCCAAAGAGCACAAAGGAUUAGGCCUAAAAAUGCCGCAGUGACAGAGCAUGCAGCAGUGGCUGUCCAUAGAUUCAAAGCACGCCCUUUAAACCGAAAAAUUCUUGAAGCUCCUUCUUUACCACUUCCCAAAAGGAGCACUCCACGGUUGCCUGAAUUUCAAGAAUUUCACCUGAAGACAUCAGAGAGGGCGAUGCAACACACAUCAGCUAGUUCAUCCUCUUCUCUUCAGUGCAAUAAUUUUGAUAAGUGUUUUGACAAACCAAAUACUGUCUCUGCUCAAGAAAAUAGAAUUAAGGACGUUACAAGGUCAAAAGUCAUGACUGACCUAAAGCACGAUGGUUUGGAAUUUACUCAUAAUUUUAAAGCUCGGCCUCUAAAUAAGAAGAUACUUUCUAGUAAAGGAGAUAUUGGUGUUUUCUGGAACAGAAAGCAGGAAACCACAGUGCCAGUGGAUUUUAAUUUUCAUACAGAGAAGAGGGUUCAACCGAACCCUCCGAUCGAACUAUUUAGCAAGAUGUCCUUGACAUCUGAACUCCAGCCAAAUAAUGGAUCUCAGACAAAACUAUCUCCGCAUUCCAACAUGCUCAGAGGGGAUUCAAAAGAAAAUAUAUUAGGUUCUGUUCAUCCAGUGCGAAAGGAAAAGCAUCCCAUAUUUUGUGGAAGGCAAAACCAAUGUGGAAGUAACGAUUGCAGCAGUGAAGCUAGUACGGUGUUUAGUGCCAGGAGGAGCUUGGGCAUCCGGUGAAAUCAAACGAAGGCAAUGUUAAACAAGCUUCUGUCACAGGCAUCAGAUUCGAAUUGCUGUUGAGAUGGAAGUUCGACGAGUCCAUAGUUCAAUCUGAACAUUGCGUAAAAAUUCUUCUCAGAUGAAAGAUAGUUCUACGACUGCUGUAUAGAAGUAUUUGUACAAAAAGCAAGACAAUACUUCAGCUCAGAAGAAAUCAACACACCAUGAUCAUGUAUCUUGAACAACUGCCCCUUGAUCAUAGUAUAAUAAAUACAUUAGAAAGAGUUGUAUAGCCUGAGCUUUUCAAUAUCUUUAACAUUUUUUUAGCAUUGAAUCAUAUAUACCAAUGUCACAUUCUGUAA